UUUUCAGUGACUGGCCAGUCCCCAAUGCCAAAAAGCAUUGUACGUCAACGUUUACUGCAGUUUACAAGUCGGGAGGUUCGCUGGUGUGUUGCUGGCCGCAGAAAAAUUUCCACACGCACUGCGGGUUCCACUCACACCCAACGGAUCUCAUUCAAACCAAAAUCCAAGUUCAUCUUUCAUCUAACGCUGAGAACUCAAUCCUUCCUUCCAAACUACUCACUCUAGACGAACCGGCAUAAUGGACCCCUCCCAGAACCACGACCCAGAACCCGACGACACCAACCUCAAUCUCUUCGACGAGCCCCCCGAUUACUACCCGCCGACCCCACCGCCGACAACCCAGACCUACACCACCCUGGCCGGCGACACCAUCACGCUGCACCUCGUCGGCCACUCCCCCCUGGAAGCACACCACCUCUGGAACGGCGCGCGGGUAGUGGCGGCGCACUUCGAGGCGGACCCGGCGCUCGUGCGCGGGCGCACGGUGCUCGAGCUGGGCGCGGGCGCGGGCCUGCCCAGCAUCGUGGCGGCGGCGCUCGGCGCCCGCCGCGUCGUCGUCACGGACUACCCGGACCCGGACCUGGUGGCAAACAUGUGGCGCAACGCGCGCGGCGCGCGGGCGCUGUUCCCCCCUCGUGUCGGCGGCGGUGGCGGCGGGGCCGGGCGCGGUAGCGGGGGGGAGAAGGGUGCUAGGGAAGGGGGGAAGGAGGAGGGGGAGGAGGGCGACGACGAUGACGAGGAUAGAGAGUUGCCCAUCGUCGCGGAGGGUUUGGUGUGGGGCGCGGAUCCAGGGCGGGUGCUGCGGCACUUGGACGGGUACGGGGACGGGGACGGGGAGGAGAAAGAAAAGGGGUUUGAUGGGUUUGAUGUGUUGGUUCUGGCGGACCUGCUGUUCCGGCACUCGGAGCACGGGAACAUGCUGCGCACGGUGCGGCAGACGCUCAAGAAGAGCAGGGACAGCAAGGCGUUUGUGGUGUUUACGAGCUAUCGGCCGUGGCUGCAGCACAAGGAUCUGGCAUUCUUCGACCUGGCGAGGGAGCAGGGGUUCGUGGUCGAGAAGGUGCUGGAGAAGAAGAUGGACCGGCCCUUGUUCGAGAAGGAUCCCGGUGACGAGGAGAUACUCAAGACGGUCACCGGGUGGGUGCUGAGGUGGCCCGAGGAAGUGUGCGAGGGAGUCGGCAGUUAGAAGGGAGGGGGGGAGGCAGUCGACCGACGCGCAUACAUGGAGGGACGGUUGGCGAGCACGGAAUUGUUAU